UUUAUGUCCGCGACCGUACAUUGAAGAAGAAAGAAAGAUUCUUACGUCGCACAUGAAAAAAUGUCUGCUACCUGUAGAUUUAAACAUGCCAUUAUGUUAGGAAAACAUCUAUCAUAUUCGUGGAAUAAUAUUUUUCAGAAAAAAUUAUUCCAAACGCAAUAUUUACGAUUACCAGUAAUUGCUACUUAUAAUCAUGUGAGGUAUUGGUCCUCGCAACCAAAAGUUCAAACUACAGAACAUCACAAUAUUAUAAAAGAUAUAGAAAAAGCGACAGGAACAACUGCUAAACAUGAGUUUCAAUCAGAGACACAAAUGUUACUGCAAAUUGUGGCUAAAUCUUUAUAUUCAGACAAGGAGGUAUUUAUGAGAGAGCUCAUCUCAAAUGCUAGUGAUGCUUUGGAAAAGUUACGAUAUCUGCGAUUAAGUGACAAUGAAGCUGUGCAAACUGCUGGUGACAGAAGCUUAGAGAUACAUAUAGGUACUGACAAACAGAACCGUACUCUUACCAUUCAAGACACCGGUGUGGGAAUGACUAGGGAAGAAUUGGUAUCCAACUUGGGAACUAUAGCUCGAUCUGGCUCUAAGGCAUUUCUAGAAAAAUUGAAGCAAGAUCAAAAUUCAGACGACACCUCCAAAAUUAUUGGUCAGUUUGGUGUAGGAUUUUACAGUGCUUUCAUGGUUGCUGACAAAGUCGAAGUAUUCACUAAGUCAUUUGCGAAAGAUGCCGAAGGUCUUUGUUGGAUUUCCGAUGGAGCAGGCACAUUUGACAUUUCGAAUGCUACUGGUGUGCAACCAGGCACGAAAAUUAUUAUACAUCUGAAACCAGACUGCCGUGAAUUCAGCGAUGAAGAUACAAUCAAUCGUGUCAUCAACAAAUACAGCAAUUUCGUCGGUAGUCCCAUUUUCGUUAAUGGGAAGAGAGCCAACACGAUUCAGCCACUGUGGAUGUCCGAUCCGAAAGAUAUCACGCCGUUGCAGCAUGCCGAAUUUUAUCGAUUUGUAGGAAAUUGCAUCGAUACACCACGCUUUAUACUGCAUUACUCAACGGAUGUACCAUUGAGCAUCAAGGCUCUGUUAUACUUUCCGGAGGAAAAGCCGGGACUGUUCGAUUUAGCGAGAGACAUCAACGCCAGUGGGGUGUCGCUCUACAGCCGAAAGAUCCUGAUUAAGAGUAAAACGGAGAAUAUAUUACCGAAAUGGUUGCGCUUCGUGAAAGGAGUAGUCGAUUCGGAAGACAUACCGUUGAAUUUGAGUCGUGAACUACUGCAAAAUAGUGCAUUGAUUGGAAAACUACGAGACGUAUUGACAGCGCGGAUACUGAAAUUUCUGCACGAGCGAUCCACGAAGCAGCCCGAAGAGUACAAUGAGUUUUACAAGACUUAUGGCUUGUUCCUGAAAGAGGGCAUUGUCACGAGUAACAGUCAGUCCGAAAAGGAAGAUAUAGGUAAACUUUUGCGCUUUGAGUCUUCCGCCGCCGCACCGGGUGAGCUCAUCAGUCUGCCGCAAUAUUGCAGUCGUUUGGCGCAAAACCAGAAGGAUAUAUAUUACUUGUCAGCUCCUAGUCGAGCUUUGGCCGAACAAUCGCCCUAUUAUGAGUCUCUGAAAAAACGAAAUGUCGAGGUUCUCUUUUGUUACGAGCCGUACGAUGAAUUGGUGUUGAUGCACUUGAGACAGUACAAAUCAAACUUCCUGACAUCCGUGGAGAAAGAAAUGCGCGAUGAUGCAGAGGCGAACAAGCCAGAAAAUUUAGGUCUUGUGAAUAAAGAUGAGUUGGAUGCUCUCGUAAACCAUAUGAAAAAAGUCCUCGACAAGAGAGCGUACGACGUUCGGAUGACGAACCGCUUGGAGUCACACCCAUGCGUUAUAACUGUACAAGACAUGGCGAGCGCGAGGCAUUUCAUUCGCACGCAGAGCCAUCAAAUGGAAGAGGAGAUGCGUUAUUCGAUUCUUCAGCCGCGCUUUGAAAUAAAUCCCAAUCAUCCGCUCAUCAAAAAGUUGUGCAAACUAACGACUACUGAUGCCGAAUUAGCUGAUCGCUUGAUACAACAGUUAUUCAACGGUGCCAUGGUUGGAGCUGGUCUGAUUGAGGAUCCGCGCAUGCUAUUGAUACCAAUGAACGAGCUACUUACAUUGGCUUUGCAAAAAUAUUAAUAUUUUUUAAUACAAUAUUGAUACGAUGAGGAAGGGAUAGAAUCGUACCGAUGCUUGAGAACGUCGGCACUAUUAUAUUACGGCGGAUAUUCCGUGGAGGAGAGAGAAGAACGAGUUUUUCCUUCAUAUAUUUUCCUGGCGAUAUCUCUUCUUCCCGCCAUUGUUUUAUAUAUUACAAAAACAUUAGAUAUUCCAAGAUUUCGCACUAAAUAAAAAUACCGACGAAUCCACAUUCGUCACGUAUAACGAUAAGAUCGCUAUAUGUUAAUAAGGAAGUAUAACUUACUUGGUAUAACUUAUUGUAGGCAAGAUUGGUUUCUUUAUUACAAUAAGUUGAUCUUGUACAAAUUAAUUAUAGCCUUACGAUAAUAACAAGUCGAGUUCCUCGCUUCUUUUUCUGAAAAAUUCCAUGAUAUCGAUAUGUAUUCUAUCAGCAGGGCUAGAUGUUAUGGCGAAUUUAGAAAUUGUACCCACGUUUCCCGUGUUGUAUUUCUUUCCACGAUUUCUUUUUCUUCUUUUUUUUUCAAAUUAUACAGUUAUCUCAAAUUGUACGCAAGUCCCAAGCAAUAAAUAAUUUUAUAAAAUUA